AUGAUGCAAAGGAACUCUAACAACAACACAAACAACAGCAACAUCUCUAAUAACUUACCGCCACAUCAAGCUUGCGCUUCAUGCAAACACCAGAGAAAGAAAUGCAACAACGAAUGUAUCUUAUCGCCUUAUUUUCCAGCUCGCAAGACCAAGGAGUUUCAGGCCGUUCACAAAGUGUUUGGUGUUAGUAACGUACAGAAAAUGGUACGGACAGUACGUGAAGCGGAACGUACUAAGCUGUCUGAUUCUUUGACAUGGGAAGCUCUAUGGAGACAGAAAGAUCCGGUCCAUGGCUCAUACGGAGAGUAUAGGAGGAUAAGUGAAGAGCUCAAGCUGUACAAAAGCUUAGUUCAUAACCAACCUCUCGUUACUUGGGAUAAUAAUAAUCAACGUGUAUUCAACCAUAGCAAUAACAACAAGAACGGAUUAGCGGUAAACUCGAGUGGCUCUGGUGGGUUUAGUGUUGUUCAUAAUAAUGGUGUUGGUGUGAAUCGGGAGACUAUAAACGGUGGAUAUACAUCAAGGAAUCUGCAAGGUGGCUGGGGAAAUUUGAAGCAAGAUCAAAGGCAACAAUGUUAUGCAGUGGUUAAUGGGUUUAGACAACAUCAUCAUCUUCCACACUAG